UUCAGUCCCGAAACCAGUAUCAUCUGUCACUACCGUGAACUGCUGCUCAUACAAUGGCGAAUCAACUGUAAUAUCAGAAAGACAGAAAUAUUCUACUUCAUGCAAUUUUGGGUGUGAGGAUGGCUAUUCAAUGGUCGAAGGCUCAUAUAUGAGAGUUUGCUUGGCUACUGGUGAAUGGGAUGGGAUUCAAGUGCUAUGCAGAGACAUAACACCACCUGACCUAACCUGCCCUGAGGAUAUCGUGCUGGAGGCUGAUCCAGGAGUGACUUCAAGCGAGAUACAAUGGAGCCGAUGGGAGCCUAUUCUGGCCUCAGAUCUCGGAAUGAGCAUUGAAGCAACUCUUUACAGCAUUAACUCCGAUGAAGUAGGACCCAACCGCCCAUCCUCGCUCUCAGAAGGUAGUCAUACACUGGCUUAUGAGGCAGAAGACGCGUCUGGGAAUACGGUCGAUUGUUCUUUCUCUGUCACAGUCAGAGAGAUUUACCCCUAUAAAGGUGUUUAG